AUGUUUUCUAGUGUUGACUUCCUUCUGUUUGUUAUGCCAACAGUUGUGGUCCAUAAGUUUGUUCUUUCCAGAAUCAGACAUGCCGUUUUAGAUCUAGUCUUAGCAUGCUCUAUUGCUCAGCAAUGGGAAGUGACAGAAAAAGAAAUCCAUACCAUAGAAAGAGUCAUUAAUCACUGGCAUUCCUUCCUUCGUCUUGAAAUCCAAGAAAGAAGGUUAAAACCUACUAUAUUCGUAAUGAACCAGCAUAUGCUGGUUCAUCUUGGUUACAUGCAUUGUUUUGGUGGUUGGGCAGCUCGAAGAAGACCGAGUGACAAGAGGACCAGCAACUUUGAGGUUGCAAGUAAUGAUGUUGCUGGUCUUCAGUUUUGGUCAAACCCAAUCAGAAAGACCCUUGCUGUCAUAGCAAUCGAAUGUGAUAUGAACUACCAUAAUUUGGUAAGAUUUUUGGCCUGUCUCUGGGACCAGGACAGCGCAGUAAUGGAGCACAAAACCAUUGAGGUGGUCUGCACCACCAAGAUGUGGAAGGACAAUGUGGUUUUGAAAAUAUCAGGAAUAAAAAUUCUUAGUACGCGUCUAAGAGCAUUUUCAGCAGUGAGAGAACUUUUGAUUUAUCUAAAGUUAAACACUGCUACUUUAGCUAAAGAAAAAUCAAUUUUCCCAGCAGUUCGAUUUAUCUUUUUCUUUAAAUAA